AUGCUUCGUCGUCUCCCCACUGGGUGGGCGCUGCGUAACCACGCUGGCGUCACUACCAUGGCCGUCGCUGGCGGCCUCUCCGCCAACCCGAGCGCCUUUGCCUGUAAGGCACCCCUUCUACAGCCGGCGCGCUGGACCUCCUCCGACGCUGCGGCGCCCACGCCCGUCAUUCCACAGCGCCAUAACAGUAGAAGCAGCAGCGUGCAGGGCCAGCGCGGGAGGCGUGACGACCUGCCGCCGGCCUUCGACGUUGUGCACUGGGACGAUGCGAACAUCACUGCAGGCCACCUGCUGCGUGUGGCGUACCGCGAUGGCUUUAUCGUUCUGGAUUACCACCGGCAGCGUAGCGCCACCUCUGCACUUCGUGAAGAUGGCAGCCGCGCAGUAAACCCGAACCGCGCGGAGAGGGUGGUGACAGUGACCCUGCCGCCUGUGUACGCGGCGCGCUUUCUCGGGGUGCUGGAGGAGCGCAUGAGCAAGCUCGAGGUGCAGUCGCGUUUCACAAAGGCCUCGUUUCUCCCGAAUACAGCGAAAGGAAAGCACCACUACACCCUUCACUGCACAUCGAUGAAGCCAACCACUGGCCAGAUCCAGACAGCAGACGGCGCCGACGUGCAUGAGGAGACGGUGGAGUGGACGGUGGAGUUUAACGCGGCGGAGUCCCUCAUGCUGCACCGCUUUCUCACCCAAGCCCUUCAUUACAACACGGGCUUUUCCCGAAAGGUGUAG